ACACCAACAGCUACUAACACAACUUUCAGAAAGAUGUCUGAAACUUGCACCUCACUGACCCUUAUCUGUGUUGGAAGCAGCUUUGCGCUGUCUGGGCUUUUUUACCACUUGUACAAAAGAAAACUGCAAGAAAUACAGCAGCUAAAAAAAAUCCCAAAGGUUGAACUUAAUGAAGACCUAUUAAGGCAAUUGCACGCAUUGCAUCACAAUCGCCUCCCAUAUGUGGCUAUAGAAGGUGUUGUGUUGCCAGAUGGCGAACCUCUGGCCAGCCAGUAUGUGCCAAGGUGCUAUGGGGUCAUUCAGCGAGUCAUUGUCCAAGAAUACAAAAAAGUCCUGAACAGGAUUACAAACACCUGGAAUACUGCAAAACAUAAUCGAAAAGAGUCGACCAACACUGUACCAUUCAGCCUUGUUCCUGCAGGGAUUUACAGCACACCAGUGACCGUGCAAGUGGAAUCUCCUAUGACUGCUACAGAUCUCUACCUGGAAAUGGUUUACAGUCGUAUCCGCAAAGCCAAGGAGACCUUUAUGGGUUAUUUUGAGCAAGAGAUGAGUGGUGAGAAGCCUUGGUGUUUGGAGGAACGGGAGGAGAUGCUUAAGGUUGGGAGUACACUGACUGGCUUUGGAGAGCUCAUAAUGGACUCCAGUCGGGUGCUGAGGCUCCGGCCACCUCAGAAUGGACAGAAGUAUCUGCUCAUCACGUCCAGUUACCAGUCCUACCUGCAACAGCAUCGGUCUUCAAUGAACAUGUGGAAGAUGCUGACUGUUGUUUUUGGCCUGGCGGGUGCCAUUGUGCUCUUGGUGUUCCUAUAUAGGAGAUAUCUCAAAGAGUCAGAAAAAAAGGAUACAUAGUUUUAGUAAUCAUUACAUUCCUUCUUGCCUUCAUUAGCUUAUUGUGCUACUACUAUUGCCAAAACAUUUGCAUUGAGAAAAUCAACAAUCAAAAUUAUAUUAGUGCUAUGCAAUUGAAACCUAAGCAACAUUCAUAUUAAAGAUAAUUAAAUAAACCA